GCCACGCCACCCCACUCACUAUGUGAUGCUAGUUCAUCUAGUUUCUGGAUUAUAAACACAUCACAAAAUCCACACCGAACCAUGUCUGACAAAACAGGAUUUAAAAUUAACACCCAAUUCGCAAAGAAAUAUGAUAGAUAUCGAGAGAAGGAAGAACUACAGAGACUAAAGGAUCGAUAUGGAGAUCGAGGGGAUGACGAUGAGUCGGAGUUAUCUGAGUCCAGUUCGGACGACAGUGAAGUGGAGUUGGAUCCAGAAAUUGAAAGGGACUUUUACAGGACAUUGUCACUCCUGAAGAAGAAAGACCCAAAGAUCUAUCAAAAAGAUGCCAAAUUCUACUCAGAAGACUCACCCAACACUGACGUGAAACCUUCCACCUCAAAGUCAAAAGUUAAGCCCAUGUACCUGAAGGACUAUGAGCGCAAAGUCAUACUCGAGAAGGAAGGAAAAUAUGAAGACGAGGAUAGUGACAGUGAUGAUGAGGAGGUAGCAAAAAGACUAGAAAGAGCCUCUUCCCCCAGCUACAUGCAAGAGCAGAAGCAACUGAAAGAAGUUUCCGAAAUGAAUAAAUACAUUUUGGGUGUAAAAUAACG